AUGGGCUCUCCCCCCGCCGCCCUGGCGCUGCUGGGUCUCGCCGCCGCCUGUGCCGCGGUGCCGCUGCCGCUGCCCGACGCCGGCCCGCACGUCAACUACGGCUGGGGGGAACCCAUCCGGCUGCGGCACCUCUACACCGCCAGCAAGCACGGGCUCUUCAGCUGCUUCCUCCGCAUCGGCGGCGACGGCAGGGUGGAUGCGGCCGGGAGCCAGAGCCCGCAGAGUCUGCUGGAGAUCCGCGCCGUGGCCGUGCGCACCGUGGCCAUCAAGGGCGUGCGGAGCUCCCGGUACCUCUGCAUGGACGAGACGGGGCGGCUGCACGGGCAGCUCAGGUAUUCCACUGAGGACUGUUCCUUUGAGGAGGAGAUCCGCCCAGACGGCUACAACGUGUACAGGUCCAAAAAAUACGGAAUAUCGGUGUCCUUGAGUAGCGCCAAGCAAAGACAACAGUUCAAGGGAAAAGAUUUUCUCCCGCUGUCUCAUUUCUUACCGAUGAUCAACACUGUGCCCAUGGAGUCCACAGACUUUGGGGAAUACGGGGAUUACAGCCAGGCCUUUGAGCCGGAGGUGUAUUCCUCGCCUCUGGAAACGGACAGCAUGGACCCCUUUGGCAUCAGCUCCAAACUGUCCCCUGUGAAGAGCCCGAGCUUUCAGAAAUGACUCUGAUCACACGCAGGUUUUUACAGAAAUGUUUGCAGAGUACUUUUUUUAGCGUUUCACGUAGUAAUAUUUGGAACUUUUUUGUACGGGGCCAGCCUUUUCCUUGCAAUGUGCUGUACCUGUGAGAGAUGAGUGCCAAGAGGCUGUUCUGUAGCCUAAAGAAUUGCCUAACCAUAGUUUUGUUUGGAAAAGAAGGGUUAAAGGGGAAAAGCUUAGCAGCUUCACCAGAAUUCCUCUAUUACCACGGUGAUGAUAAAAUAACUGUAAUUUUUCUACAGCAACUUCAUUUCCACAUAUGUUCCCCUGUUAUUUCUGCUCAUAGGAGCAAAUGCAGAAAACUUUUUCCUCCUCAGAGACCUUAAAGACAAACAUUUGGAACAAAACUCAAUUAAGGAAAACCUAGCAGAUGCAAUUACAUGAACUGGAAUUUAUGGUGUUUCUUGAAAGGCUGCUGACAGCAUUCUGGGAAAAACUUUCUAUUGAAAGCAUACUCCUGAAAAAAAAAAAAAACCAAAUCUGCUUGUAUAUUGUGCUUUUUCUUCCCUUAGGAAAUAAGGGAAGAAAGGGGAAAAAUUUCUUCCUUCCCUUAUUGCUAAAGGGUAGUUCGGAAAACUCAAUCUUUGAUUUCUUUUGUAGGCUAAUUUAAGUUCUCUGUGUCAUCAGCAUCAUCCAGCAGAGAGUUCUCAUUAAAAUUAGUGAGAAUUUAAUGUGUGGCUGGAUGGAAGAGUGCACAGAACUAACAUUUACGUUCAUCAGGUAGGGAAUGAGCAGUUCAAAUUAGUGUUUAAAUUAAGAUUCUGUUGUAUAUAAGCAUGUAUGUCGUUAGCAAACGGAGAAGAACACUGGAGAAGGAGAAUGUAUAGGUCAAAUCAACUGCAAAAUAGGUUUUUGUGCUUAACCUUUAGCUAUCACCAAUCCUUUCAAGUCACUUCCAGGCUUGAUUGAGCAUCCCUGGGAAUCUGUGGAGGGACAGUUUAGUGACUUAAGUGCUGCAGAGCUGAGUCUGCCAUGAAACUGCAGGAAUGGGUUCUGGAUAUCUCAUGGCCAAGACACGGAUGUCUGAUGUCUUCAGUUCUGUUCUCCCUUUGAGAUGAAGGAAUGACUAGGGUGAAACCAAAGAAAAAGCCCCAAAAAGUUAGAAGAUGUUUCCAAAGGUUCCUUCUUUCCAAAGGUUCAUUUAUUAGAGAUUUCUGUAG